UACGACUGUUAAAAAGUUUUAAUCUUGCAUAUACAUAAAGCUCAAAAAUGCAAACAAGAUUCGCAGUAUCUUCAGCUACAAAACUUCAACGACUUCUAUUUGCACAAUCUCAUAAGAGUGCUGAGUACUUUCCAUACAGAUUUUCCUCAUCUACAGGUCGAACAGCUGAUCCUGCCGUCCAUUCUGGACCUCUUGAAGGAGAUGACUUAGAAGAAUCAGUGAAGUUUGCAGAAAACGAAAGGAAACAACCCAAUAUCAAGCCUAGUAAAGACAAUGAAGCGUUUACACCACCCAAAUCACCAAUCGGCUCAUCUCAAAAGAUCGAAAGCACCGGCGUAAACCAACCUAUAGACCCUUUGACACUACAAAAGCGACACUACUCUAAUACUAGCACUACCAAUAAUAAAGAAUCAUUUAAAGACGUCAACUGCAUUGGAUUGGAUGGCACACCAUGGCCCGACGAAGAGAAAGACGGGAGAGCGCAAUUAGAAGAUGAUAGGGAGUAUUUUAAGCACCAUAAACCAUCUCCAUUGGCGGAAAUGGAGAUGGCUGAUACGAGGAAACCGAUUACUAGGGCGACCGAUGCGCCACCUGGAGCUGGCAUUGCGUUUUAUCCAGCACCAGAUGGUGGUGUGACGGUGUGGAGGCCGGAGCAAUUGGCUACUGCUGAAGAGACCCUUAUGAGAGCAGUGGAGAUAUGGAAAGAGAAUGCUAUGAGAGGUGACCCUGAUUCGCCUCAAGGUAGGAUUCUUAGACAGCUUCGUGGCGAAAACUGGUGAUCCAUCUUAGGGUCUUUGGUUUAUAGUUGUUGAUGUUGUUUUUCUUUUGUAAGAUACAGACACACCAUGACCCUGUUUGUAAAUGGUAAUGUCAUGAUGUCUUCCUUUAACUUCAAGGAAAGGUUUCUGUUGAUUUUGAGGAAGAGACACCAUCGCUUAAUAAUACUAUACAGCAUUUACUUCGAA